UGCGCCCUCGCUUCCGCAAAUGGGAGCAUUUCUAGCCAAUCAAAUCCCUUCUCGUCUAGCACCACCCAAUAGGUGUGCUCGGAGGCGGUGGUCUCUGUGGGUCCCGCCUCCGAAGGGCCAGGUGGAGAAAGGGAUUGGGGCGGUGCGAGGGGCGGAGUUUGUAGAGGAAGAUGGCGGCCGUGUGCGGGUUAUCUCUAACGGCCGCGGCGCUGAGGGCUGUCGCUCCCUGGGCAAGGUGCAGCAGGCUCCUCGCGUCCUCUCGCGGACCUCAGGCUCGUCGGGUCGCGUCGUCCUCUAGCCUCGAGGCCGGCGACGGGCAAAUCCACCUCACCGCCAGCUGCGUCCAGAGACUUCUGGAAAUCACCGAAGGGUCAGAAUUCCUCAGGCUGGAGGUGGAGGGAGGUGGAUGCUCCGGAUUCCAAUACAAAUUUUCACUGGAUACGGUUAUCAACCCCGACGACAGGCAAGAAGGAAGGGGAAUCUCCAUGGAAAGCGUUUUCUACACACAGCGGGAGACCUUCCUUUGGCACGCUCUCACCACUUGGCCUGGCUCCAGGACGUCCCACUAGGGGGCAGCAGUGGAUUUUCUGGCUACCCUAAGUUCCGUCCUGUAUUCCUAAGUGAGCAGUGGGGCUGGUCUGACCUUUCCACCUAGAGCCAUCAGGGCCCUCCUGCUCCCUGGGCAUUGCCACUCAGAUCGACACUUACCCACACA